GGCUAUAUACUUGUAUUGGUGAGCUAGAUUAAAUAUGACCGCAAUUGUCUUUUUGGUAGAUUGAUAGUUGUCAUAGAACACAGUGUAGGAAUAUUUAGUUAGACGUUGUGAGCCGUUAAGUCUUUCCUAUAUCCCUCCGCUGUUUUUUGUCCCCUUUCAGACUGUUUUGGUCUUUUCGCUGUUAGCAACGGAGAGAACCCGAGAUUGCAUUGAACCCUAUGUUGAUUUUUUUUGUCAAGAGUACAUAACAAAUUGACAAACUGUGUAACAUCCAUGUUUAUCUUGGAAGAAUGAUCGGCACGUGUUGUCUUUUUUAAAAUGUUAUUGUUUUAAUAGGAACUGUACAGAUUGCUAAUUAGCUAGUAUCUGUUAGCCGACUAGAAUCUUAGCAUAGCAUCUUCAGGAGUCACGUUGACGUUAGCCUGUUAAUUAGUCAGAGCUUGGAAUUACUAACGUUCGCGAACUGUCACGCAAUUAUACACUGCCUCAUCCUCAAGCAAUUGCGGUGUGAAGCUGGUCAUUUUACGACACUGUCUUUUAUGGGAUCACCAUGUCAAUGAAGGCCGGUGGAAAUCGCAGCAAGCCCGGCGGUGGCAGCACUGCUGGUGCCGCCGCCUCUGGUACCGGAGGAAGCGGCGGUGGAAGACAGAAUCUGGGCAGGGGACGACACAGUGGUAAAGGUCCUACAUCAGUCAUUUUCAGUGGUGUAUAUGCAAAUAUGAGGAUGGUCCAUGUCUUGACUUCAGUGGUGGGGACAAACUGUGAGCUGAAAGUGAAAAAUGGAGCAGUCUAUGAAGGAGUAUUUAAAACAUAUGGUCCAGAGUGUGACCUGGUGUUAGAUGCAGCCCACAGGAAGAGCCCAGAGCCGAGCUUAGGCCCCAGGAAAGAGGACAUUGUGGAGACCAUCAUUUUCAAGGCCUCAGAUGUCGUAGUGGUGACCUUCAAAGAUGUGGACCUGAAUUUUGCCAGGAAAGUCUCCUCUGACACAGACAACUUCACAGAUGCAGCAGUGAGCAGCAGGAUCAAUGGCGAGCAUAAAGAGAAAGAUCUAGAGCCCUGGGAUGGAGGAGAGACUCACAACUCUGGUAGCCUCGAGUCUCUGGAUAUUGAUGUGUCAAAUGGGUGGGACCCCAAUGACAUGUUCAAGUACAAUGAGGAGAAGUAUGGAGUUUUAUCUACAUAUGACAGCAGCCUGUCUACAUAUACGGUUCCUCUGGAGCGGGAUAACUCAGAAGAAUUCCUCAAGAGGGAAGCACGUGCUGCCCAGCUGGCAGAGGAAAUUGAGGCCAGUGCGACAUACAAGGCUCGUGUGGCCCUGGAGAAUGAUGACCGCUCUGAGGAGGAGAAAUAUACUGCUGUGGUACGAGGGGAAAGGGAGAAUCACAUGCUUAGUAGAGAGAAUAAAUACAUUCCUCCAAGUCAGAGGAACAGGGAGGUGAUGUCUUGGGGGCCCGGACGUCAAAACUCACCUCGUCUGGCUCAGGGCUCAGUUGGACCCUCAACUCCCCGACCAGGACCUCAUGACUACAGUCCCAGCUCCGGGGCUGACCAAAGGGUGGUUAACGGAGGUACAUCCCAUUGGCCCUCACCCUGUCAGUCUCCUUCCUCUCGCCCCCCCUCUCGUUACCAGUCUGGCCCCUCCUCCCUGCCUCCUCGGGCAUCCACGCCCACCAGACCACCCUCCAGACCCCCUUCUCGUCCUUCCAGGCCUCCCUCUCAUUCAUCCCACCCCUCCUAUCCCUCCUCCUCAUCCUCGUUUUCCCACCAUGGGCCCACAUCGCCGGCCUCUACUCUGCCCAAACGCAUGUCUUCAGAAGGUCCACCCAGAAUGUCUCCGAAAUCCCAGAGGACACCUCGUGCUCACAGAGUGCCACCCUGCCGGACCUCUGGCGUCCCUCCAGGAGUAGACUUAAUUUCCCACACUGCCCCUGGAGAUGUCCCGUUGACUCCACCAACCAGGAACAGUUCCUCUGGAGGGACAUGGUCCUCUGUAGUUAGUGGAGCUCACAGACCUCGCUCCCCCCGACAGAAUAAUAUGGGUGGAGCUUCCCCUGGCUCGUCCUCCCUCCCAUCACCACAGACAGGAACAGCUCCUGUGGAAACUGCUGUGACACCAACGUCAGCAUCCUCUCCUACUGCUGCUAGCCCUGCCCCCAACAUGGUCACCUCUCCUUCAGGAGACGCAAAAGAGUGUCGUGUUCAGGAGACAAGACAGACGUCUCCCACAGCAAACAAGGAGAACAUCAAGCCCUUGGACAGCUCACCCACUAUCACUCGACCAGUCUGUAAAGACCACAGGAAACAAAUAGAUACUUUAAAGAAAUUUAGUGAAGAUUUUAGGUUGCAGUCUACUUCAAACCCAGACCCUUCUGACCAGAUGUUGACCAAGCCUCCCAGAGAUUCAGCAGACAAGCCUAGAGACCUUCCCCUGGACAAAGCCUCCACAGUGGGGCGGGAGGGCACUGAAGAGGGUGUUGUAAUGAUUUCUGCUGUUGCCCCUGCUCCAUCCACCACCACAAACACCAGUAAGCCUGGCAGCCCAGCUGCACUGUCCCCAUCUCCUUCAGCCUCAGACUACAAGAGGGAGGCACUGGAUGUGACAUCACAGGGGGUUCAGACGACAGCCACAUCCACAUUCAGUGGACCCAAGCAAGAAGAGAAGGAGGAGAAAAAAGAGGCAGUACAAGAUCAAGUGAGAAAAUCAACCCUGAACCCAAAUGCCAAUGAGUUCAAACCUCGGUUCACUACACAGCCCAAACCAGCCAACACCCCAACACCCCCCCGGCCUCAGGGCCAGCCUAGCCCCUCCAUCGUGGUCCAGCAGCCGACUCUCUAUGGCCAGACAGUUUGCUUCCCCCAGAUGUAUCCCCUCACACCAGUCAGCCCUGGAGUGCAGAAAAGCAUAAUAUGGAAGUCUCCAGCUAUGUACCAGGUUCCAAUGCCACAUAUGACGGUCAGCCAGUCUAAACCCUACAGACCAGGUAAAGUACCCAGCAUGCCCCAACAGAGAUCAGACCAACACCAUCCGCCAGGCACACCCACUAUGAUGCACCCAGCGACGGCAGCAGGACCGCCUAUUGUAGCACAGAGCCCUGUGUACUCUGCCCAGUACUUCACCUGCAGCCCGCAGCAGUUCACCAGUCAGCCACUGGUUCAACAGAUGCCACACUACCAGUCCCAGGCACAGCAUGUGUUCAGUCCAGUAAUGCAGGGCAGUGCCAGGAUGAUGGCGCCUCCCACACAUGGCCAACCCAGCCUCGUCUCAUCCUCAACCUCACAGUACCCAGAGCAGACACACACUAUGUAUGUGUCUCCAGGGCCAAUGCCUCAGCAGUACCCACACCCUAGUGCCACCUUGCACCCUCACCCACAGCACCCCCAACCCUCUGCCACACCUACAGGCCAAGCCCAGCAGGGUGGUCCCCCACAGCAUGGAGGUCCUCCUAGCCACCCAGCUGCCAGCCCAGUGCAGCACCCACAGCUCCCACAGGCAGCAGCAGGUGAAUACAUUAAAGCGGUGGCAGCAGCUCAGGCCCUCCACCUGGCCAACCAGCCCCCACAGCAGCAGAUGUACUCAGCCUUGGCCCACACGCCCCCCUCCAUGACCCCGGGUCCCAACCCUCAAUCUCCCCAGGCAUCAUUCCCUUCUGCCCAGCAGACUGUCUAUAUCCACCCACAGCAGGUGCAACAUGGAUACAACCCCAACCACAUGGCACAUGUGCAGCAGGCCCAUAUGCAGUCUGGUAUAAUGCAGUCUCACCAUCCAGCACCCACCCACCCCCCAAUGAUGCUGAUGGCUACUCAGGGUCCUCCAGGGGGUCCUCAGCCAACCAUGGCCCAGACUGCCCUUAACCCGAUCCCCGUUUCCUCCACUACACAUUUCUCCUACCUUGCACAAGGUAGGUAUGUUUAUCUUAUUAAGUAGCACACUGCUGUGGGG